AUGGUAGAACAUCCCAAUUUAAAUCCCCAAGAAAAAAAUCCCCAUAAAGAUCUCUGGAAGGCCCUUAUUUUGGAGUUUUGCCAUAAUUACUUUAUCGGCAUUAGUCAUUUGUCGUGCUCGGAAGAAAAUUGCCCGUUAGUUUUGCAUUGGGACGACUUGGAAGAAAAGAACAGCAAAAAAGGCAAAAGCACUCUACUGCAAGUCAGUAAAAAAGAGCCUAAAUUUCUCGUGGUUGAUUUAAUGGAAAAUGACGAAAACGACUGGGGAGAAAUGGAAAAGCUAGUAAUCCGUUAUAAAUCCGGUCGAACUCAACGAACCAAGCCCCACGACUACCAAGAGCCCCAAAACCCCGAAAAAAAGGAAAUAUUUUUGAACCCGGCCGAGUUGGUGUGCUUUUUCAAUAAUCCUACUCAUGCCCCUAAUUUAGUCGGAGCCGAAGACAUUUAUUUAGAAUGGUUAUGA